CGAGGGGCGGGCCCGGCGUGUCUGCGCGUUGGAGCGCGGCGACAGUCCGGCCGCGGGAAGGACUGACGGAACCGCGCGCCGCCGGAUCCUCCGCGGCCAUGGCCGAGCGCGCCGUUCGCCACUGCUGCCUGGGCUGGGACUUCAGCACGCAGCAGGUAAAAGUUGUUGCUGUUGAUGCAGAGCUGAGUGUCUUCUAUGAAGACAGUGUGCAUUUUGACAGAGACCUUGUAGAAUUUGGGACUCAGGGUGGAGUUCAUGUUCACAAGGAUGGCCUGACAGUGACCUCUCCGGUCCUGAUGUGGGUCCAGGCUUUGGAUAUCAUCUUGGAGAAGAUGAAGGCUUCGGGCUUUGACUUCUCUCAAGUCCUUGCCUUGUCUGGGGCGGGCCAGCAACAUGGAAGCGUGUACUGGAAGACUGGGGCCAGCCAGGUGCUGACAAGCCUGUCACCGGACCUUCCGUUGCGUGAGCAGCUGCAGGCCUGUUUCUCCAUCAGCGACUGCCCGGUGUGGAUGGACUCCAGCACCGCAGCCCAGUGCCGCCAGCUGGAGGCCGCCGUGGGCGGGGCCCAGUCUCUCAGCCGCCUCACCGGCUCCCGUGCUUACGAGCGAUUUACAGGAAACCAGAUUGCAAAGAUUUACCAGCAGAACCCCGAGGCCUACUCACACACAGAGAGAAUUUCCCUGGUCAGCAGUUUCGCUGCUUCUCUCUUCCUUGGGUCUUACUCCCCUGUUGACUACGGUGAUGGUUCUGGAAUGAAUUUGCUGCAGAUUCAGGACAAAGUCUGGUCACAGGCUUGCCUUGGAGCCUGUGCACCUCACUUAGAGGAGAAGCUUGGCCGGCCGGUGCCAUCCUGCUCUGUUGUGGUAGGUCCCCUGCCCAUUGGCGAGGCUCACCGGAGAGCUGGUUUGCUGUUGGGGAAGUGGGAGCCAUCUCUUCCUACUUUGUCCAGCGCUAUGGGUUUCCUCCAGGAUGCAAAGUGGUGGCCUUCACUGGGGACAACCCAGGUCAGCCUGGGCACCAGCGACACGCUGUUCCUCUGGCUCCAGGAGCCCACGCCCGCCCUGGAAGGCCACAUCUUCUGCAACCCGGUUGACCCCCAGCACUACAUGGCGCUCCUGUGCUUUAAAAACGGCUCCCUGAUGAGAGAGAAGAUCCGCGAUGAGUCCGCUUCUGGUUCCUGGAGCGAGUUCUCCAAGGCGCUGCAGUCCACGGAGAUGGGGAACGGCGGAAACCUGGGUUUUUAUUUUGAUGUCAUGGAAAUCACCCCAGAAAUUAUCGGGCGCCAUAGGUUUAGUGCAGAAAACCAUGAGGUCCCGGCAUUCCCCCGGGAUGUGGAGAUUCGAGCACUGAUCGAGGGACAGUUCAUGGCCAAGAAGAUUCAUGCUGAGGCGCUGGGCUAUCGAGUCAUGCCCAAGACAAAGAUUUUGGCCACUGGAGGAGCAUCUCACAACAGAGACAUCCUACAGAAAUGGGGAGCUUACAGCUCAUUCUCUCCCAGGAAGCCAGCUCUUUACGGCUCACAUGGAGAACAGGUGCUUGCAGAUGUGUUUGGUGCCCCCGUGUACAUCAUAGACACCGCCAACUCAGCCUGUGUGGGCUCUGCUUACCGAGCUUUCCACGGCCUUGCAGCUGGAACAGACAUGCCCUUCGCAGAGAUUGUGAAGUUAGCCCCAAAUCCCAGAUUAGUUGCAACCCCAACCCCAGGAGCGUCUCAGGUCUAUGAGGCCCUCCUCCAGCGGUAUGCCAUGCUUGAGCAGAGAAUCCUGAGCCAGACCCGGGGGCCUCCAGAGUGAAUUCUGCAGGCCCAGGCCCCCUGACCCCACUUGGAGAUGUGGCCUUGGAAAGCUGGGAUCCUCUUCCCUAUUCUGGGCAGCUCUGCCCUCCCCGCUUCCCCACCUGAUUCCUUGCGGUGCUCCAGCCCUGCCCAGGACCACCUUAAAGCCCAUCUUAGCACAUCCUCCUGAACCCAGAUGGGCUGCUCGUGUCCUCGUGCCAUUGUGCCCAGGGCAGGAAAGCAUCUCUCCUUUCCUGUCUUUAUCCCAGGAGGCAAGAUAACACUGAGCUUGGGAUAUAUCCAAGAAAAAUUGUGACUUUUCCCCUUUCAGGACCUAAAUCAGCAGAUUGGGAAAGACAAAGCAAAAUAAAUAGAUUCUUUCCUUUUUAUUCACCAGUUUUCAGGAUGAUAAGUUGAUCCCCAAGCAUCCUCUGAAAGCAAUUAGGUUUUUAGUAUGAUACAUUUAACAUACUUUGUAUGUCUUAAUCCAUUGCAGUGAUUCUUCUUCUUUUUAUCUUCUUUCUGAUAGCCAUUCCCUCCAGCUUUUCUCCUGCUUUCGUUGUGUGCAUGUGUGCUCAGUCAUGUUCAACUCUGGAUGCCAUGGACUGUAGCCACCUGGCUCCUCUGUCCAUGGGAUUUCCCAGGCAGAAUGCUGGAGUGGGUUACCAUUUUCUUCUCCACCCGCUUUCCUUAUUUAUCAUUCAUUCAUUCUUCUUUACUGAGCCUUCUGCCCUGUGUACCCUUUAUUGCUCGGCCCCAAAUCUCUGUUCUCAUUCCUCCUUCCCUCCGAUUCUGUCCCCUCUUGUUGGAUGAUUUCAUCUAGCCUUGGACUUCAACUGCUCCUUAAAUACUAGUUAUACCCAGCUCUGUGUUUCCAGCCAGAACUCUCUUUGGAGUUGGUCAGCAUUCUUACAGGGGUACUUCAGACACAACUUAUCUUCCCACGCCCUUCUCCAAACCUCCUCGUCCAGAGUUCGUGUUCCAGUGAAUUGGUACCACCGUCUAUCCAUUCAUUCAUUCAGGAACCCAAACUCAGAACUCAGAUAUCUGCUUUCCCACCUCAGAUCAGUCACCGAGUAACUUUGGUUAUUCCUUCAGUAAUCCCUUAAGAGUAGUUCCUUUCUCGCCAUCCCUCCCUGUUUUACUUUAGACCCUUUUAUUCCUUGCUGAAAUUGCCUCUGUAGAAAGUCCUCUGUGACCUGCCUCCUGCAAAAUCCUCCAGAUUUUUCUUUUGCUACAGGCCUGCACCUAAGUUGGACUUGGGUUAAACCAAACUACUCAUGGUCUCAUCCAGAGGACACAAAUGCUGCAACAGGUUUGAGACCUUAGAGGAUCAGAGCAGAGACUAGUGGGAAGUCAAGGGAAGGAGUUUAGAGGUUUAAGUAGGAUAAGAGAUACCACAUCUGAAAAAGAUGAAGUCAUCUUGAAAGGGAGUGAUACCCUUCUAAGCUUGAUGGAUGAAGGCAAAAAAAGGAAGCAAGAAGCUGAAGAUCACAGCCCAUCAACAGCAGGUCAAAGAUUCAAAGAUUCAGAAGAACUCUCCCCCCACCUCACCACCACUUGGACAUUACUUAUUAAAGAAAUUCCAUUACCAACCAACAAACAAGGAGUCUCCUACCAAAAAACAGAGAAAGUCGUUCAAUCCACUCAUUUUACCCCUGCUCCCAUAGAGUUGCCCAUUAUUACAGGGAUAUCAACAUAAACAGAAAAAGGAGCUGAUUAUACAAAUAUGAGAAGAAAAGUGAGAAUCAUAACUUUUAAAGCUAAUGAAAUACUUCACGUAAAAAGCAACAGAAGGUAAAUUAUAACAACCCUCUAACAUGAACUUCAGAAAAUAAGAAACAAUUGUGGCUAUGAAAGAAUACCACAGAUCAGAAAUCUAGAAACUCAGAAUAAAAAUGUGAACAACAGAUAACGUGAAAAGAGAAUAGCCCAAGCUUGUGGAAGAAUUUGAACAGAAAGAUAAAAUCACCCUAGAUGAUGAAGACUAAAUUACAACAUAUCCAAAUGAAAAUAGGAAUGACUGCAAGUACUAUAAAUCAUAUAGAAGAUAAGAAUGAAAAAACCUAAGACAGCAAAAACAACGUGAAGAGCUGGAAAGGCCCAGAAGGAAAAUGACAGAGAAGAUAGGCAAGGAAAAAUUAACACAGGCAAAAUUGGAGUCUUGAAGCCAAAAGAUAAAACAAUGAAACAGAGUUAAUAUUUAAAACUAUCCAAAGAGGAAGUCCUGGAAACAGAAGAUCUGAAUUUGUAUCUUGAAUAGACCUGUCUAGUUACUUGGAAAAUUGACUCAGAAUGAUCAGCUGAGAUACUUCCUAAUAAACUAUUAUCCUUUGAAGGUGAGGGGGAUUUUCUAUAGGCCAAAAGGCCAGAAAAGUCUCCAGAAAGAUCAGGUUGGCAUCAAAAAGCGAGGUAGCAGUGGAGCAACAUGUUCAAGAAACUCAGAGAAAAAAUAUGAACGGAGUGUUUUGUGUCUAGCUAAACUGCCCUUUAAGUAUCAGGGAUGUUUUUUAAAAAGUUUUAAUCAUGCAAGAGCUCAGGAAAUAUUGUACACAUAACUCCUCAGUAUUCUACUAAAUCAAGCUUCAUCCAAUUAGGAGAUCAUUGGGGAAACUUCAGCAAAAGGGUUGCUAGUGAGCACUGAAUCGUUUUAGACCUAAGACCAAAGUGAAAGUGGGGAUUGGGGUGGGAGAAGAGUAUCAAAUGGUACAUGUUUUGACAAGGUAGAAGUAACUAAAUUAAAAAAAAAAAAAGAAGAGGACAGUAUAAAGAGCUGUCAUGGGAAUUCUCUGGUGGUCCAGUGGCUAAGACUCUGUUCUCCCAAUUCAGAAGGCCUGGGUUUGAUCCCUUGUCAGGGAACUAAAUCCCACCAAGACCUGGUGUAGCCAAAUAAGUAAAUAAAUAGAUAAAUUUAAAAAAAUAAAUUAUAUAUAUUUAUAACCUCAAAGAGCUCUGUUGCAAAGGCAAAAUGUACAAGUCAAAGUACUCCGGGGCAAAGGGAAAACAUAAAGCAAAAUUUCAGAGUGUUCAAAAAAGUGAUUGAGGGAAUUUCCUGAUGGUCCAGUGGUUAGGACUCGGGCACUUUCACUCUCUCUGUUCCAUCCCUGGUAGGGGAAAUGAGAUCUUGCAAGUUGCACAGUGGGGCAAAAAUAAAAAAUAAAAAUGUUCAGGACCUGGGUGUAAAAUACUUAUAAAACUUAUAGAAAUGUGUUAAAAAGAAAAAUUAAUGGAGAGAAAAAAGAUUGAUAAUGAAAUCUAUAGGAUAUAAUUAAAACAGUGAUAGGUGACGUAUAGCUUUAUAAUACUGUAACACUGAUAAAAAUAAAACAGUUAAAUGAAUUAAAAAUACAGGAAAAAAAUGUCAAUUCUACCCAAUUAAAAAAGACAAUGUUUC